AUGACACUCUUGGGUAAGUUGGAGGGGGAAGUAGAGGUCAAAGUUUCUGCUGAAACAUUUCAUGAUAUUUUCAGCUGCAGACCACACCACAUCUCCAAUAUGAGCCCUGCAAAGGUACAGAAUGUUGAUCUACACGAAGGUGACUGGGGGAAGCCAGGCACUGUAAUCUGCUGGAGUUAUGUACAUGACCAGUUAUUUGUAACUGUACCUUAUGAGAAGAGAACGGAUGCCUGCCUUCAUCUAGGCGAUCUAUCAUCGCCAGCUUCUAAGUUUGACUAUGUCGAGGGGGUUUCUAAGAUUGCUAAGGAGGUUAUUGAAGCUAUAGAUGACGUGAAGCUGUCGACCACCUUCAAAGUGAUUGAAGGAGACAUCACCACGGAGUACAAGAACUUCAUACUUAUCGUUCAAGCUACUCCCAAGGGAGAUGGUAGCUGCGUGGUUAACUGGACUUUGGAAUAUGAGAAGCUGAAUGAGAAUAUUCCAGAUCCUCAUACAUUGCUUGAGUUUUGCAUCCAGUGCAGCAAAGACAUUGAGGAUCACCACCUUACCCAGCUACCAGUGGCUCAGGCAUGA